AGCCGCGCCUUCGUCAACCAGGUCACGAAGGGCCCCCCUCCAGCUUCAGCUACAUCCAUUCUUUCCAUUUCUGCACGCUCCCCAAUCCCAGCCUAAACCAUCAACGCCGUCUGUCACGUUCAUUUCUAACAAACCGCGACUUGGAUAAUCUUGAAAACAAUCACACUCGUAUUGACUAGCUUCGGCGCUAUAAUUUGCUGGUCGUUACACCCUGCGCAAUUAUUUAUCAGACGAAGCGCGUCAACGCCUGCACUGUGUUCGACCCACUCCUCAGCACGCGCCUGUCUGUUUACCUCGACGACACCUACCACCUGCGCGUCGAACCGAGUGCAACACCACUUCGACAAACCAGUCUUGCUUGAGCGUGCUUCCAUUCAUCGGCCACUUGCUUCACGACACCGACAACACCGACUUGACGCGUCGUAGCGUCACCCAGAGCCAUCAUGUUCUGGUCUGGGGAUCUCCUCAAGACCAACGGGUCUCUUGCCCGCGUGUGGACAUCGUACUCGACAGAGCGCAAGCUGUCCAAGAAUGCUGUACUGCAGUCCAAUGUUAAACAGAGCGUGGAGGAGAUCAUGCGCCCCUCACAUGCGCCAUUUGCUUUGCGCCUCAGCUCUCAGCUCAUGAUUGGCGUUGUCAGAAUUCACCAGCGCAAAACGCGCUACCUGUUGGACGAUUGCAACGAGGCGAUGAUGAAGAUUAAACUGGCUUUUCGUUCUACUGGCAACAACGAUAUGACGUCGAGCAUGCAGGCCGGGAACAAGGAGUCACUCUUGCUACCUGAUCGCUUAACAACCUUCGAUAACUUGGACCUCCCCCCUCCACCCGAUGCAUCAUGGCUGAUGGGUCCCACGGCCGAGCUCACCCCCGCGCCUGUGGGACGCAAAGGCCGCAACAACAACAAUCGCGACACGCUCAUGCAGGAGGACUUUGACAACAGUCAAUUCUUGCAAGGCAAUCCUCUUAACGAGCAGAACCUCGGCAACCUGGACGAUUUGGAUCUGGACCUGGAUUUUGGACUUGAUCCCGAAGGUCCCACAAUGCAGAGUGUCGAAGUCGGUCGAGACGCGCCCGCACCACGCGCUGUGGAAGAUGAUCUCUUCAGCGACUUUGACGGGCCACUGAAAGGCAGGGAUCAAUCCAUGGCUGCCGACUUCCCAUCGGAUGGUGUGCGCAUAGCUGAUGCUGAGGGCGACAUUGCCAUGGGUGAUGACGAUUUCCGAUUCAAUGCGGAUGAUCAGUCUGCUCUUCCUGAGCUGAACGCUGUGCCCGAACUCGACCGUGCUCGCAUUUCGGAGAGCCCCCUCUCUGACAUUGACGAGGACAUGGCUAGGGACGCUGAAAUUACUUUCACCAACCGCCAGACGGACCUCUAUGAGCCCGCAGACGAGACUGAGACCACACUCGUCCGCCGUCCCGCCAACCGCGCCAGAAAGCAACGGGUGCUGCUUCCGGAUGACGAGACUUCGCUUUCGAAUGCUCACUUCAAGCAGCAACAGGUCGACCGCUCCAACAUCACACGCGAUACCUCGUUCUUGCCUAGUGAUCCGUACUUGCUCGCUUUGAUGGAUAUGCAGAAGUCUGGUGGAUUCGUUUCGUCUAUCUUGCUUGAUGGACGUAGCGACGGCUGGGCUCCGGAAUUGCGCAGCCUGCUGUCGCUGGAGGCCCUCCAAGGCGCUCCCGAGCUCAAGCGCAAGCGCGACAGUGGUGUUGCGGACGUGGAGAGCGAACAAGGCAACCCCAAAUCGCCACGCAUCGAGUUGGACGAAGACGAGGAUACGAUCAUCGCACCCAACGCUGUUGGCGACCAAAGUGUCGCUGAGGACGGCACCAUGUUGCGCAUCGCCGAUGACGACGCCGACGAUAACACAGUCUUGCCCAACUUUGACGACACCGUUGCCCCGACUGUUUACCCCGCCAACAGCGGUCCCAUCUCCCUCGGCACUAAGCACGCGGUGCACAUUCUGCGCGACCUGUUUGGUGAUGAGGCCGCGGACAAUGAAGAGGCCAGGAAGAACAACAUCGUGGUCUUCCAGGAGUUGCUACCUGAGAAGCGCACAAGCAAGGCCGAAGCUACGAAGAUGUUCUUUGAGUGCCUUGUCUUGGCUACAAAGGAUGCUAUCAAGGUGGAGCAGGGAGAGGAGAUGGGGGCGCCCAUUCGCGUGCGCGGGAAGCGCGGCCUCUGGGGUGAAUGGGCUGAGCGGGAAGCUGGCGGCGAGAUCGGCGCCCAAGAGGAAGAAGGAGACGCCAUGGACCAGGCUCCAAUGGGUGCUUCCGCUGUGGCUGUCGGGGCAUAAAUCGUCCGUGUUUGCGUUUCGAUACUGUUUCGUUGUCAUGGUAGACACUGGCUUCUGGCUGGUGCUUGCGUUUUAACAUGCCCCCUUUUGGGUACGGCGCGGCGGGUAUUGCACUUUGAUUUGGAUUGAUCCACUGGCGUUGGAGGGAUUACGAUGAUACCACUGGACUUUGUGCGGCAAGAAAGGUAAAGGGAUAGGAAAAGGAACUUGUGUGUGGUUUGUAUGACUGAAGUUGAGGAGGCUCUUGGUUGUGAUAGCGUAGUGAUGGUAGGAUGCCCAAGUGUUGGCGAAUACCUACCUCAUGGUAUUCUUUCUGAGCGUCAAUGAUACACAUUUUCGUUACUGAUUGUCUCCAAAUCCAACCUACUACCUGGUACUGAAUACUUAAUUACCCCGUCACGCGAGCUUGACGCGUGAGAGCGACCCAGUGUGAAUGGCGGCGGGCAUGAGGUGACCCCAC